UUGUGAUUCAGCUCCACGUAAACGUAAACACGGACAAAAAURAUAAAAUAUUCAUUAUAUUGUGGUCAGACACCGACAGCCUAUUGUAGUAAACCAUCCUUAUGACAUUUCUACGUAAGCCAUAGUCUCACACAAGGAGAUCGGCACAAUUACUUACUAAAUUUUAACCUUGAAACCUUAGUUCUAAGGCGAUGAAAACUUCAAUGGCGGCCGCUAAUACUAUUGAUUUAGAUGRUAGAACUAGUCUUUCGAGUAGCUUGAAGUAUAUUUAUUUAGCAAGUGAGUUUUAAGGGUUGAAAUCAUCUCAAAAUGAACCUAAACAUAACAGCAAAGCUACAAGUUUUACAAGCUCUAUUCGGGUUCACCAAGAAUUUUUCACCUAACAAGAUAAGUGUGAAAUUCCUGAAAGGAGAAGGAGAACUUCAUAACCUUGAACUCGAUGAGAAAAUAUUGUCUGACUUGCUUGAGUUACCUCCAUGGCUGCGAAUAUCUAAAGCAGUGUGCAACAAGAUCUCGGCAAAGAUCCACUGGACCAAGCUGAAGACAGAUCCAAUAUGUCUGUAUCUGGAUUGUGUAGAAAUAGACAUGGAAGAAGUCAUCCUUGCACAGACAAAACCAUCAUCUAAAGGGCCAAYYAAACCUCCUCCCCCACCGGCUAAAGAAAAGCCUGCAAAUCGUUAUGGCUUUGUUGAAAAGGUCGUUGAYGGCAUGUAUGUACAGAUGAACUCUGUCAUCAUUUCCUUCAAGUCGUUAGAGUUUCAAGCCAGUGUUCAGAUUUCUCGUCUCAUCGUUGAAAGUACUACACCUGAAUGGAAGCCUGAUGAUUUAAGGAGCACCCGUGUCAAAGAUGAAGGACGUGGUGAGGUGCUGACUUUCAAGGAUAUUCACUGGUCGACACURAGAAUAGAUGCUAAUGCUGUAGUUAAUGAGAAAGUUCAAAACAAAUCUUCAGCAAUCCGUCUGAUAACAAGCCAUUCCUCAAUGCACAUUACAAUCAAAAAGAAACUUGAAGAUUGUUCUGUUGUCUCUGCUCGACUUGAACUCCUACUGGAUGACAUUCUUUGGGUVCUUACUCAGUCUCAACUCCAGGGCCUUGUUGGCUUCCUAAACUCCAUCAACAAAGCAGUCGCCCAAACAACACCCUCAAAAGAACCAACWGCGCCCUCCACAGGACAGACACCUCCACAACAACAAGCACCCACCCAGUAUUCCUCCUCAAACCUUCAAAACCCUCCCCAGCAAGACACGCCCUAUUCCGACUUCGCAAAGUAUGACAUAUCAGAGACGUCGUAUCAUUUACGUACAGGAGCAAUCGACCUUCACUUAUGCGAUGAUCAUGAUUCUAAGGACAGUAMCGAUGAGUUAGCAGGYGGAGCCAUGCAGAUUCAUAUCAACAAACUAGCAAUAGAUAAUUAUCCUUAUCACCUGGCGGGCACUUCAAGGGCGAAAUGGGCGUGUCAUAAUGAGGCGUCRCUAACACGUGCUUACUGGGUUAACCAGUUGUUAAACACCUUUAGGAAUAAUAUYAAGAGUAAAAGAAGUCCGUCUGUGUCUGAUUCCCCCAAACCAACAAGAAGUAAAUCGGAGGGUUCGGCAGUGUUAAAUGGACCAUCUCACCCGCCUCCAUCACCAACACGACACCCUCCAACACCAGCAGCCCCCGUAACUCAACGUCAACCCUCACCAACCAUACCCCAGCGUAUUUCCCAGGCGCAGAACCAGCGUCGGCCGGUCUUCAUGUACGAAAACUGCUAUCUCAUUCGAUGUGAGGAGUUCUCUGUUAUGCCAGUAACAACAAAUAACGCACCUGAGGAGGGUGUGGCGUUUUUGUCAUCGGACAAAAAAGCCUUGUACCUCCCCAGUGAUAUGCCAGCAUUUCAAGUGGAUUACACUACUUACUACUACCCGGUGGGGGUUCAGUCGCCAGUUCCGAAUCCAAACCUGUUUGUCCAGUUAAAUCCAGUUCAAGUUACUUUGGACACCACUACAUGCAUCUGGUUUAACCGGUUUCUGAACGCGAUUUUCACUUCAGCGGACUCGGCAACAUGUAUGCAACCACAACAGCCUGCGAAACCUUCUCAUGUUGAUAUGCGCAUAGAAGCUUUGAUGCCAAGGGUCACGCUCCCCUGUCCUAGCGAACCAGGUUGUCACUAUCGCGARUCAAGGCCCCAGGCCCUGCAGAUCCAAAUGUCACAGGUAGCCCUGACAAAUAGUCGUGUGGGAUCCAACACAUCCCAGACUGAACUUCUAAUGCUGCUGCAACAGUUCUCGUCGUCUAAGCUCUACACAGAAUAUAGYAWUUUUCCUAAUGAGCUCAAUGACGUCAGACCCCUUAGUAACCUGGCCUGGUUGAAGGAUUUUGGCGUUAUGGACGAUCCUGUACGACUGGAGAGACUUAUGAAUGGACUGAAGGCUGAUGCAAGUUCACCAUGUCAACCUUCUCAGGUAUGGUGUAUGUCCGUCGAUCAGUUCUGGAUUGAUUUCCUGGGACUUACAAGUAAUAAGAACCGACCUAUGCCAUUCAUAGAAGCCAUACCCCUCCGUCUUUGGAUCUGCACCCCCCUGAACAGCCUCUCUAACGAGAGCAAACGAUCAAGCCAAGCAAGCCUCGACUAUGAAGGAGACAUCGACUCRAGGAAGGGCUCCAUUGAUUCAAACCGCAUUGCCCAGCCUUCCUCGGCCGCCUCGUCACCAGGCUGCCAGCGAGCACACCACGUGACCAUMCCRUCGUCCUUUCAUGGUUCAAUGUCAAGUCCUAAUCUAAAAGCCCCUCMCAAAGAUGAAUCAUCGUUAUCCAAUAAUGAACGUUCUAAUGGAGUGGAGUUWAUCGGMAGUCCACCAGUUGUGAGUUCGUUACCGGCGUCACCAAGAUUGCGUGACAGUGGAUUUUCCUCAAUAUCGCAGUCUAAGGUUUUGGCUAAUGAUAGUAUUCGUAUUGAUAAGACAUCUCCCGUUGAAUCUUUAUCUGGACAUUCAUCUAAUAGUAUAGACAAGGACGCUACUAACGGUGACAUAGGGACUUUACAAGAAAAUACCGCGGAUUGCGUGACGCGAAACGAGAAUUCCUCACAGAGCUCUCUCGAYGGRAAAAUGAGCCCAAUGUCUAUUUUCCCGCCAAGUGAAACCGRAACAGUAAAUAAGCCCCUAGGGAACAUUCCUAAUGGGGGCUCRAAUGUAAAUUGUAAUGUUGGACCUAAUCUACGUAAGGCCUUUGGGUCUUAUUCAAGUACAGAUGACGAGAAUCUGGGCGUUUUUAAUGAGGACGCUUUUAAGGUAGCUGAUAUGAGCCUACUGGCUUUAGUCCCUGUGAAUGUAUCAGUUCAACUCGAUCACUUCCAGUUUAUAUUUUUGAUGCGAUUACAAGAAAAGAUGGUUGGGCUGCAAGAGCGACUYGACCRAGAGAGAAAGWUGCACAUCGAGUCGACGUGCGACAAGCCAAYACAGCCWUCYCCUAGCGUUACUUUUUCAGUCCUCGCCAAGCGUGCUGAAGUGAACAUUAUUCUCCCUCCUAGUCCAGACCCUACAAUAAAUGUUCGAGGUGCCAGYAGCGCUAGUAGUUAUUUGGACCCUGGAUUUGUUUCUGAUGAGAUUGCGUCCCCUGAAGUCACUCGCGAAGAAAAAYUACCACCUGACACACUAGAUCUAAUCGCAGACCCCAACACGGAAGUCAAAUCCAACCAAGAUGUCCUUCCUGUUUCUGACGUCAUUUCCGGUCACGAAGGUAGGGAAAGUGCCUUAUCUAUGUGUGAUUCAACCGACGGCUGGCUUCCUCCGAACGGCGAUAAAAAUGUACCAAAAGCCAGGAGGGGUAGCGAUGCUAGCUGUGCCAGCAGUCAGCUUGGAACGAGUCUGGAUUCCAGGUCCCGAAGCAGCUCAAGAACGUCGCGGGCAAGUCGUGUCGUGUCGGUAUUUACGGCUGARGGGAAUGAUAUCCAUCUUGGAUUUCAAAUGGAUGGAGACGAGAUUGCAAUUAAGGUGACGUCUCAAGAUAUGAAARUWGACGAGAAAGGAAACCUCAACUUUGAAAAAUAYCUAAAUCAGAAGUYCUUUAAAACACAACAAGAUACCAACACCAUUGUACCGCGACCUCUUCCCAGUUCCCCACCGACUGUCAGCGUCCGAGCAGAAUUUGGGCCWGGUGCGGAGAGAAACACCCCAUCGGCUGGAGAGCGUGGGUUUGCGCAUGUUCAGCUUAGCAAUGUGGAUUUGUCUCUAUUGAUGAGYAAUAUUGAAAGUUUAAGCGAAUGCUUUGAUGACGAGAUUAUAUUACCCAAGAUGCCUUUCUACGUCGAAAUGAAGUCUUCCAGUAUUUGCAUCAAAGACGACAAACCCGCGAGGCUACUAUCCGCUCCCCCACCCCUCCCCCUCAACGUCAAUCUUGAGARCAUCGCAAUCUUCCGAAACCAAGAUGAAGUGAUCAAUAUUCGCGCUUUGAAUACCUCAAAUGACUCCAGAGAACCGUCAAUUGAUGAACCGGAAGUCACUGCGUUACAACGACCAGUGUCACGCCAAUUGUCACGCACAACUAGUGAUUUGAGCCUUGCUGAAUCAGUGUCKUCACGUUCUGAUAAUGAUAGCGAGAGAGAGUGCUUGAAAGCUCAGCUGUCGGUGUCACGCGCAGCGUUACAUGCGGUGCAAGAUGAGCGGCAAGCGUUACUCAAGACGAUUGAACGAUUACAGUACGAACUGGCGAUGUCGAACCGAGAGCAAGAUCGGCUUCAAGCAAAGGUCGUCGCUUAUCAGUCGRGUGGAAGUCGGCGAAAAUAAUAUCGAACUCAGGAGGGGGGUAAAGAUUGUCGCAAAUACCAUAAGUCGAAGAAUUCUCGCGAAAUCACUAGCGAAAAAUACCUAUAGGUACAAAGGAACAGUAGUCGGUUAGAUGUAACUAUAGGUAUAAAAUAACGGCAUGCAGUUGUUUAAAUAUACCUACGGAUGUAAAUCCACAAUGUACCUAUAGGUAGAAAAUAUCAGUAGAUAAAACGUACCUAUAGGUACAAAUUAACAACCACAUAUCUAGGUAUGAAAUAACAACCGAUGAUAGAUAUACCUAUAGAUAUAAAAUACCGGAAAAGAAAAUAUACCUAUGGGUAUAACAUAUCAGUAGUCACUGAACUAGACUCCUCGCAGCUCGCUUCCGUUGUGAUGUGCGGAGUCGAGCAAUAAUCGUACCCUAGGCUAGUUAGGAUUUAAAUUUCCCGCUUAAAAGAUCAUGCUUUGAUCAUGCUAAUAAAAUGUCCAAACACCAAACUCCAGGGGAGGACCGGGGAAUCAACAUAGCUUUGAUUUUAGCAAUUYUGAGAACUUURAUCAACAGAGGGUGGGUCUGAUUUGAUGAAAUGACAUUUUUAUAAUAUCCCCGGUAUAMCCCGAGUUUGUGGAGGGCGUGACUUAAACCAUGCUUUAUUAGAUCAAUGCCACCCAAUUCAAAAACUCUUUGAGUAAGAAAGUUUUCGCUGGUAGUUCAGCUGUAAAGCAAAAUUACAACGAGUUAUGUAACUCUCGAGUUGUUGUAACUGGGUGGAAACAGUAGUAACUCGUUUGCUGGUGUCCUCACAGCCGUGUUCACUCUACUCGAGACUACUCGAUGCUACUCGAGGCGACUCGUU